AUUUUUUUUUGCAAUAUCUAUGAACUUAAUAAAUUUCUUUCUUCCGGGUGGAUGUUGUAAGCUGUUGACUAUUGUAUUUGUAUAUUUGGACUGUUAAAACUACUUGUGAAGAUGCCGUCUGUCACCUUGAAAGACGUGGACCAGCAGAAGUUUGUGAAGGCUUUCGCUGCUUUCCUGAAGAAGGCCGUGCCGUGCCGUGCCGUGCGCAGGACGGGCAAGAUGAAGGUGCCCGAGUGGGUGGACCUGGUGAAGAGCGCGCGCUUCAAGGAGCUGGCCCCCUACGACGAGGACUGGUACUACACGCGCUGCGCGGCCCUCGCGCGGCACAUCUACUUCCGCUCCCCCGUCGGCGUGGGCGCCGCCUCCAAGAUCUUCGGAGGGCGGCAGAGGAACGGCGUGUGCCCGUCGCACUACUGCCGCGGCUCCACCGGGGUCGCCCGCAAGGUGCUGCAGUCGCUGGAGCAGCUGAAGCUGAUAGAGAAGACGGGCGACGGCGGGCGCAAGCUGACGGUGCAGGGCCGGCGCGACCUGGACCGCAUCGCGGCGCAGGUGCGCCCCAAGAAGCAGUCCCUCGUCCUGCAGUGACCGCCUCGCUUGAGUCGCAAUAAACAAGCCUGUCACUCUC